UGUUUCAACUUGCUGCAGAAGGAAAACUCAUUCCUCAGAUACAGUCGUCUGCAUCUCUGAGAGCAGCAAUUAUUUUUUAUCUAAUCUAAUUUAAAUCUAACUCUAAUUUGGUUUUAUUUUUAACCAAGGGAUAUAUCUCUCUGAAACUAUUUUGGGACAUCAUCAAGAUAUUUCUAAUCUGUUUAUUUUGUAUUAGUUCAGUGUUGGAUAGAAGCAGAAAUACACUGAUGGGGAUAAAACAUUCUGUGACUCAUCUAGCUACACUGAUGCUGCUCCUGGUAUCCUGCAAGGACUGGACUGGAUUUAACGUGGAUCCUCCUGAGGACCUCGUGAUAUUAGACCCUGGUCAGUUUGGACGACUAAACAUUACAUGGAGCUCCCCGGCCAGCUUGAUCAACAUGACAGAGUGCAACACAAUGUACCAGCUGGAGUACUUCAACACGUACAAGGACAGGUGGAUGGCCAUCAGGACGCCUAUGAGGUCAUACAGCGCUCAGUUUGACCUGAUGAAAGACGUCAUAGUGAGAGUGUACACGCUGCUGAAUGGACCCUGCACCAACGGCACCAUGGUCAAGAGUGUGAGCUACACAGAACUGGUUCAGAAACCUUCCAGUAAAGGUGUCGUCGGUACCAGUGUCAGGGAUUUCUUCUGUGUGUACCAUAACAUGGAGAACAUGGAGUGCAAAUGGGAAAGAAACCCAAACAUACCAGCCAACUCACAGCAAAAUCUCUAUUUCUGGCACAAGAAACUGGAACGGGCUGAGGAAUGUAAGAAAUACAUCAUUACAGGUGGAGUCAGGAGCGGAUGCAACUUCACGGAGAAUGAACUUCCUAGUUUCACUGAUAUCAAUUUCUGCAUAAAUGGGUCCUCGCCUGAAGGACCCCUGAAACAAACAUUCACCUCCCUGCAAAUCCAAAACCACGUGAAACCUGGGACCACAGAGAAGCUAUAUUUUCUAACUGGUCCAGACAUGCAGCUGGAGAUACAAUGGGAAAGUCCUGUUUGGAGUGUUCCAGAACAUUGCCUCGAAUGGGAGGUGGAACACAUUCAAGAGGGACCUGACGGAAAAAUGCAAUCACAGAAGAUUGUAACCAAAGAGAGAAGCCUGCCCCUCAUCGACAACCAUGAAAGACACUGUUUCCGGGUUCGGUCUACAUUACACAAGUAUUGUGUGGACAAAAGCUUUUGGAGCGAGUGGAGUCAUCUAACCUGUCACCAAGAAAUGAAAGAAGUCAGCCCAAAACCAGAAUGGGAAAAGGUACAACUCUAUGUAUACAUUGCUGUUGCCAUCACUGCCACACUGGUGCUGACUCUGGGUUUGGGGACAAUGCUCAAACAGAGGACAUCAAGACAAGAGAAGAAGCGGGACUCUCUGCUCACCGACCUGUUUGUCAGAAAUUCAGCUCAGACAAUGAUGGAGGCCUGAAGGGACAAAAAGGGGGGCUCUGACUGAGGAUCACUGAAGCUCUGAAAGAUGGUGUACAGUCUUUACCUGAGAUUGUAACCACUGCUGACACAUGAGUGUAGAUGCAAGAUAUAAGACUGAAAGUUACAGU